GAGCGCGCCGGGUGCAAGCACGUGACCGGGGCCUGAAGCCGGAAGCUACCUAUCUGGUAGGGAGCUCCCCCAGCACCGAAGACUGCGAUGACUUCUGCACUGACCCAGGGGCUGGAGCGAAUCCCAGACCAGCUCGGCUACCUGGUACUGAGUGAAGGUGCAGUGCUGGCGUCAUCUGGUGACCUGGAGAAUGACGAGCAGGCAGCCAGUGCCAUCUCUGAGCUGGUCAGCACAGCCUGUGGUUUCCGGCUGCACCGCGGCAUGAAUGUGCCCUUCAAGCGCCUGUCUGGUGUGUCUCUCCUCCAGUGGUCUUUGGAGAACACACACUGCUGGUGACGGUGUCAGGACAGAGGGUGUUUGUGGUGAAGAGGCAGAACCGAGGUCGGGAGCCCAUUGAUGUCUGAGCCUGCUGGAGGGCGAGGGUCGGAGAAGCAGAUCGGGUCCUGGGCCUCUGUGAUGAGGCAGGCACACCCAUCGGUCUUGGCUUGCUGCUAGAACUAGGGCCUUGUGCUCGCCCACCUCCCACCCCUACCUGGAUGGGCCCGAGGCUUGGGGACUCUGAGCUGUGUUAAGGAGAACAAGGGCAAGGAGACCUCCCUUUGUGCUCCCUCCCUCCCUCCCUAAUAAACACAAGUCUGAUGUUCUCCAGCCCAGGGA